AUGGCCCAGCGCUUAAGUGCCCAGGACAUUUUGCGUUGCGACAUGUGUGAGACUAACAUGGUGCAAAUGCACUGUGAUACAUGCCUUUUUAGCCUAUGCAAGGCUUGUGUUGGAGAACACACAAUGUCUGAUGAAUCCAACAAAAAACAUGAAAUUGUUAAAUUUACGUUUCGACAAUCCACUCUCCUUUAUCCUGGAUGUACAUUCCAUGACAAAAAACGAUGUGAAAUGUACUGUAAUCAAUGUGAUGUUCCCGUCUGUAUUAGCUGCAUUAUAUCUGACCACCAUUUGGGUCAUAAGAUAGAGAGCAUUUUGCGAAUUCUGAAUGAAAAGAAAGAGAAUAUCAUCAAAGAGGGAAAUGAAUUAAAUGAAACAAUUUAUCCUACCUACCAUGACAUUGAAAAUGAUGUAGAAAAUAUGAUGAAGCAGUUAGAAAAGGAAUACGGAGAUAUCGCAACAGCUAUAACAAAACAUGGAGAUGACUGGUGUAACGGAAUUGUCGAUGUAGUCAAAAAACUUAAAACCGAAGCCAAUGAGAUGAAAACAACACAGCUACAAACUCUUCAGAAACACCGGGAUAAAAUCCACGAGAGAAUUACUGAAAUUAAAGAUGAAAUUCAUUCAAUCGAUAUUGCCGUGGACUCUUACGAAAUUUCAAAUCCACUUGGUGUUAAAUCCAAUGUAGAUGACUAA